UGACAUGUUCUGUGGUGUCCCAACAGGAUGUGGAGCUGGGCGUCACUCAUGAGGUGGUGGCUGGGGCGAAGAAGCAGAUGGAUCAUGUGUAUACCAAUGGCCAGAUGACCGAGAACCACACUGAGUCUGAAUCUGAGGACGACUUCUUUCUGCAGCGUCUGACCCCCAUUCAUACCAUCAUACUGGACUUUACUCCUGUUAACUUUAUUGACUCUGUAGGAGCCAAAACUAUUAAAUCAGUGAUAAAGGAGUUUGCAACAGUUGACGUGAAAGUUGUGCUUGCUGGAUGUAGCAGGACCCUUCUCUCUGAUCUCAGGACACUAAAAUUCUUCUUUGAGCCCGUGACCCCUGACCUCAUUUUCCCCACCAUUCAUGACGCAGUGUUGCAUUGUAAGCACUCGAGGGACGCCCCCGUCUGCCCUGACCUCCAGUGAGCACACAGACCAAACUGAGUGGCAGAAUAUGGAGUCGUGCUGAAACGAGCACAAGUACUGUUAUUCCUUAGUCACUUUAGUAAUGGAUAUCAUGAUAAUGAGAGGAGACUGGGAACAUUUUAGCAGUGAGCAAGCCAAAAUGUUUUAGAUGGAAACACUUUAUUUAAUGUGAAUAUACCAGCAAAUGUUGAGCUUAAUAUGAUUGGUGGUGUUGUUUUAUUGCACUGACCAUAAUCUUAAGCUCCACCGCCAUUUGUUACAGACGGCUGUAAAACACUCUGUACCUUCAGUUCUUUUAAGUGCAAUUAGUGUAGAUGGAUUCUUGCCCAGUGUUUAUUUCUUAGCACUGGUCUAAAUAUUUUAUUGACAUUCCAGUAAACUUAUUUUUAUGAUAGAAAUUGUUUAACAAUUGUUCACCAUGUGCUAGUUUUUCUUUUCGCUGUAUUUAAUUUUUAUUUAAUAUUUUUUGAAAGUCUACUGUUUCU